AUGGCCCCCAAAUACCUCUAUAAGAUCCUCGACUCGCAACCCCCAUCUCCCCUCCCGGAAAAAUUCCCCACCACCCCGCUAGACGCGCAAGACGGCUUCAUCCACCUCUCCACCGCCCAACAAACCCCCAUCACAGCCAAACUCUUCUUCUCCAACCAUGACCGGCUGUGGGUGCUGAGACUCGACCGUGAGGCUCUCGACGGCCGCAUCGAGUACUCCACGGACCCGAAGGCGGGGGUGGAGAAUGGGUGUGCUCAUGUUCACGACAGUACUAAGGGGUUGGGACGGGGGAAUGUGGUGGAGGUUGUUGAGGUGAGGAGGGAGUCGGGUGAGGCGUGGCCGGAGGUGAAGGGGAUGCGGGGACUUACGGAUUCAUGA